AUCCGCCUUUACGUGAUGACGCAAUUUCUGCCUCGUUGGAAGGUAGUUUCAGGAAGAAGCCCUGUGACAGUAGACUGUAGCAGCGAAGACACGUUGAGUCACUAAAAGACACCCGGGCGCAUUUACUCGAAUGGUAUUUGGUCUCCUGCCAUCAAACGAUGUCGGUCACUGCUGAGCUUCCAGAAAUGGAUGGAGCAGACCUGUUCGGUCUGCUGUUCCACAAUGGAGAGAAUGGAUCUACUGAGCCUCUCUUUCCUGAUGGGAAUGGGUUCAUUGAAUCCUGGCUGUCAGAGCAAGAUAUACUGACAGGAAUGGAUACUGAAGACUUUCUGUCCAGCUUGUUAGAGGGAGAGGACAACAUGGGAACUACCUGUCCCUCUCAUUCUCCCUCUGGCAGCGAUAGCGGCAUUUCCGACGACAGCAGCACUGUGGUUGGAAACAACAACCUUCUGGGAUCCUCGAGUCCCCAGGGCAGCGAUAGCGACAUUGUGCCAAGUCCCAGCUACUCCCAGCCUAGCCCAGUGCACUCUGACCCUGCUCUGACUCCUGGAGAGCUGCAGACCGAGAGCCUGGAGGUGUUAUCAGUCCAGGCUGAUCACAGCUACUCUCUGCUGCAGAGCGGUGGCAUGGACAUGGAUGCCCUGCAGAGUGUGAGGGCAGAGCAGCCCGAUACAGAUGUCUUUAUUGAUCUGGACGACUUUGUGAGUGAAGCGAUGGAGGAUGACGUCACAGACGAGCUGCCCUGCACUUUGUCCAUAGAGGACUCAACACAGGAUUCAACUGAAGACAACGAAAUGGACCAGUUCCAUUUUAAAGAGAUUGUGCUCACUGAGGAGGAGAAGCGGCUUUUGGGGAAAGAGGGAGUAACUAUUCCCACUCACAUGCCUCUCACAAAGGCAGAGGAGAGGACCUUGAAGAGAGUCAGGAGGAAGAUCCGCAACAAGCAGUCUGCUCAGGAGAGCCGCAAGAAGAAGAAGGUGUAUGUCGAUGGACUGGAAAACAGGGUUGCCAUCUGUACCGCACACAACCUGGAACUACAGAAGAAAGUCCAAAUGCUUCAUAAACAGAACAUCUCCUUGAUAGAGCAACUGAGGAAGCUCCAGGCAAUGGUGAAGAUGUCGACUAUGAAGGCUAGCACAACCAGCACUUGUGUUAUGGUGUUCCUGCUCUCUUUCUGUCUCAUCAUCUUCCCGUCAGUCAAUCCAUUUGGCGGAAAAACAGAACAGAAGGAACUCUACAAACCUUCCUCCAUCAUCUCCCGAACCUUGCGCUCACUGCCAACAGACAGCACCGAUGCCAUGUCCUUCCAUGAGCCUGAAGACAAUGAGCUUUUCUUAUUGCCCCAAGCAGAUGUGGAGAACGUUAAAGCCAUUUUCGCAGGCGGUCAGAAUCACACCCCCGACUACCAGAGGGUGGAGCAGCCUGACUCCGAAACGGGAUUUAACAGCAACUCCUCGGCAGACUUCCCCAGCCCCGCUCAGGCUGCAGAGAUGAAGCCGGGGCCGGCUGGCGGAGUAGGGGCCUUACAGGAAGGAUCCAUUGAUGCCGCUGUUGCGUAUGAAGUCACAGGUUCCAAGGAUAACUGGAUAGAGCAGAACCCCCCGUCCGUCAUACUACAGCAGCACCGCUCAGAUGAGAUGUAGUAGGGAGAUGAGGAUCAAUAUAACCAGCAGAGGGAGCCAUAUUCCUAAUGAGGGAAGCUUAAUUUAACAAAUGGAUGAAGGGAACGUACCAGUAAUUAUCAUGAUAUAGUUAUCAGUCUGUCCGUCCCUACUUUUCCCCUCUAACAGCCUUCUGAAGUACUACUGUUACUUUUUUUUGCACUUUGUUCUGAUUUCUGUGUUCUGUGCAAAAAGAACUGGAGAGAGAUUUCCAUAUUUCAGCAGUGUAAACAACCUAAAAAAGCAGGACCUUUCAACGAUUAGCUUCAUGCUUGUGUUGCUGGAGGCCACAUGCAACUUAAGAAGCACUGAGGGCUCUCACAAAGUGGUGCUAAUUACCAAAUUCAAGCAUUACUUGAUGACAUUAUUAUUUAUCACCACAUUCUAAGGGAGCUUUGUUUGACUCUUGUCUAUCCGGUUACCUCCAGCAGAUCUAAGUGUUGCUGCUCAUGAAUUACUCUCCCAUAGUAAAUUAUUGUGAAAAUAAGUAGUCCAACAGUUUGCGACGCAAACUAGCGAGAAACAUCCAUUGCGUAGUAGAGUAUAGGCUGCUUAAUUCUCAUAACGCUUGAUCAAAGUGGUUGUUUGCCCACCGUUAUGCUAAAGCCAUUGCAGGACAUUUGGCCAUUUAGAAGAUUUGUAAAGUUUGUUAGUAUUUCCCUUGUAACAAGGGUAUCCACGCUCAUUUUAAUUUUGGAAUGCUUUGUUUUAAUGUUGUACAGUAAAGCAAAAAAUAAUGUUUGCAAAAUAUAGAACAAGACACAGAACCUUUGACUUUGUCAUUGUUAGCCAACCCAAGUCUACCCCUUGAUCUCCUCUUUUUCAACUUCAUGGGACAGUUCUUACCUUUCGAAACAUGUCUAAAAUACUUUAGCACCUGUGUACGCAGAGUAAGGGCUUUAAUAUAUUAGCUCAGUAAACCGUGUUGCAGUAAAAUAUACUCAAAAAUGUAAUGACCUGUUUUGUCAGUGAGGCAUUUUUGUCAUUUCUUUUGUGUACUUAUGUUACUAUCAGUAAUACAUGGAAUAUAAAUGGUAUUGGAACUGCUCUUUGUUAUAAAUGACAGUCAAUGAGAUUUUAAAUGUUGAUCAUGUUGAACAAAUGCACUGACAUUUGACAUAGUCCAAGAAUAAAAUGUAAAUACACUUGAAUGAUUGUAGCUCUUCUGCACAUUUGGACUCUUUAUGUAUAAGACAUGUCUGGAUAUCUAUAAUAAUAAACUUUUUAUAUAUCAGAAUGAA